AUGGCUGCCUACCACAUGACUGCUCCCUUUUUAAUGAGAAAAGAGAAACCAGACAAUGGAUUUCCUCUCACCGGAAACGACAGAUUUGAAGGCUACUGCAAGGACCUGGCAGACGAGAUUGGCAAGAGACUGAAGUUCUCGUACACGUUCAGACUGGUGGAGGAGUACGGACAGGAGCUGGCCAACGGAUCGUGGGACGGGAUGAUCGGCGAGCUGAGACGAGGGGAAGCGGAUAUGACGGUGGCGCCGCUGACGAUCACGGCCCACAGAGAGCGAGUCGUCGACUUCUCCAAGCCUUUCAUGAACAUCGGCAUCAGCAUCAUGAUCAAGCGUCCCGAAAAGAUGAAGCCCGGAGUGUUCUCCUUCAUGGAGCCGUUCUCUGUGCCCGUGUGGGUGUGCAUCACCGUCGUGUACGUCGUCGUCAGCUUCAGCAUGUUCCUCGUCAGCAGAUUCAGUCCCUACGAGUGGAGACGUCUGCCCUUCUUCGGCAACGUCAUGUACAACCAGUUCACCAUCUACAACUCGUUCUGGUUCUCCAUGGGCGCGCUCAUGAUGCAGGGAAGCGAACACUGUCCAAGGUCCGCCGCAGGACGUCUAAUAGGCGGCGCCUGGUGGUUCUUCGUCCUGAUCAUCAUCUCAUCGUACACCGCCAAUCUUGCCGCGUUCCUCACCAUCGAGCGGAUGAAGAGUCCCAUAGAGUCGGCAGACGACCUCGCCAAGCAGACGGAUAUCGCGUACGGGACGCGGGAAUACGGAUCAACGAGAGAGUUCUUCAAAACGUCCCAGGUGACGACCUACAAGACGAUGUAUAACUUCAUGACGUCCACGUCGCCGUCGCCGUUUGCCAAGACCAUAGCCGAGGGAGUGCUGCGGGUCCGCAGUUCCAAGUGGAACUACGCCUUUCUCCUCGAGUCGUCCACCAACGACUACUAUAACAACCGCAAACCCUGCAGCACGAUGAGGGUGGGGCCCAACCUCAACCUGAAAGGUUUUGGAAUUGCCACACCUCUUGGGUCAACUCUAAAAGAGAAAAUAAACUAUGCAGUAUUAAAACUGAAAGAGGACGGUACACUGCACAAACUGAAAGAAACCUGGUGGUACGAAAAAGGGGAGUGCGCUUCCCACCCAGGCCACAGAGAGUCCAAAAAGAGAUCUCUGUCGCUAAGCAACGUUUCUGGUGUGUUCUACAUUCUGAUAAGUGGCCUGGUGAGCGCCAUUGUGAUGGGAAUCAUAGAGAUAUUCUGUAUAAAGAAACGAUUAAGUCCCCAAUAUCUUUCACCUCGAAUGAAAAGGAACGACACACGACUGUUGAGAUUUGGGUCACCACCAGAACAGAUCAACGGUUUACUUCCGGAUGUCGGUACAAGAUGAUUGUUAUUUGUCAUACCGAUUACACAGUGGGUUCAGGUGAACUCGCACUGUUUCAUUCCCGGUGCUAAUCGUUCGUAAAACCAAAGAGUUACUUAAAAGGUAAUUCGACGUAAAAACAGCGAAUUCCUUGUCCACGAAACCGGAAAAAUAUCCAUCUCGGCAAAACGCCUUGUCUACGACACCGGAAAACUAGACACCAGUGACACGGAAUCGAGAUGGCAAGAGGCACAUUGUUGGAAAGACAACGGUAUUUCUAUUACGUGAUGAGCGCGCCGCGAUGGUUGCAUUGUUCUACAAGAGAGAUAGAGUUAAUACGGCUGUGUGAGUUCAGGAGAAAUACAUUUCACGUGAAUUUAACCACUCCUAGUUCUGUGGCCACGAGGGUAUUGCGGAAAUGUCAACCUCAAAGAAAAUGACAAACGAAAAUAUGUCUGCUACACUCUGAGCAAACAGUAAUCAUACAGGCAGAAUACAGA